CAAGAAUUGACACCCCAUUGCUGACUCCCUGCCGCGAUGCCGUGUGCGGACUACUGGGACAUAGACGAGAUACUUGCAGAAGAGCAAGAUGUGGUCAUAAAGACUUUUCACGAUGUAGCAGGUGGUGGCUUCUUGUAUCCCUGCACUGGUGCAGCGAAACCGCGAGACCUGAAGGAAGGCGCCAAGGUGGUGGUGCCCUAUUGGUUGGCACAGAAGUUAGUUCGUCGCAACGCUGUCGAGCUGGACCUGCCGGUCAUCUUUGAUGAAGCGACCCAAGAGACUUUGCAGACGGAUCCAGCUGUUUGCCGCCUAGGUGAAAAAAGCCGCUACUACUUUGAAGUUGGCCUCAAACUGGCAUAUUUGACAAAGAACUUUAAGCUUCAAGAGAUUCUGGUGAAUGCCUACAUACAGCGCUAUCAUGACUUGAUGACUCUGAGCUCCGGCAUGGGCGAGGCCAACCGGUCCUCGAUUCGCAAAGCAGUGCCCAGCCAAUUCCUGAGCAGCCUCACUGCUCUUGAAGAGGAUAUGCAUCGUGGUGCCCGUGAAGCAGAAGAUCAAUACCAGCGGUGGACUGGCAGCUUCAGUUGUUGGCAAUUGGAGCCUUCCCAUAUUGCUGAAGUUCCAGCCUUCAAGCGAGCACGUGCGGGCGCUUGAGAAGGAACAUCACCAAAUUGCCGUGCAUACUAAUUACAUGUGGGGGCGGGGCCCACAAAUCUCUCUGAAGCCAGUGGAGAUUUGUUCAUUUGAUCAAAGAUCAAAGCAUGACGUGAGACAAUUGAGACUCAAGACAAGUGGCUAAGUUGUGACC